GGAAAUAAGCUAACAGGAGUAACAGCGGUCAAGACUACGAGGAGUUCAUUUUUGAAAAUUGAUAAAUGAACUUUAACGUUUGCGUAAUCAUAGACUCGUGUUUGUUCAAGUCGUCUUCAAUUUCUGCUCAAUUUUCUCCAUUUCAUUAAGCGGGCAGGUGAGGAAAUUUUGGUACUACUCUAGCAGUACUCACACUCUAACAGUAGAAGCAGCAAAGGCUAGGGUUUUUGAGGGAGGGACGGUACUAUGAAGGACCAGAUUUUGGACCUCUUCGACCCGAGAACGGCGGUUAUGGACCCGGAUUACUCUCCCACGUCCGCUCCUCCGCACCCGGAUUUUGGAUUCGCUUUCAACGAUAGCAAUUUCUCCGACCGCCUCCUCCGGAUCGAGGUCGUUGCAGACUCCUCCGAUGCCUGCUCGGAUUCUGAUGCAUCGCAGACUCUCGCCGAUUGGACUCGCCAUCGCAAGCAACGCGGAGGAGGUGACUUUAAGGAAAAUGCUCUCGACAUUUCUACAUACCAAGAGGAGCAAAUUGUUAACUGCAACCCGAUUGACACCGAAGAUGCUGAUAAUGGAAACCAAGAUGAGGCAGUGGUGGCUAUGAUUGAAGAAGCACAAUCUGGAGAUGAAGCUGCUAACAGUGAGGAUUCGAAUUGGAAUAUAGAUUCUUCUUCUAAGGUUGUAAAAGUGAAAACAUUACAUAUCAGCUCUCCCAUUUUGGCAGCAAAAAGUCCAUUCUUCUAUAAGCUUUUCUCAAAUGGGAUGCGGGAGUCGGAGCAGAGACAAGUAACCUUACAAAUUCAUGCUUCUGAGGAAGCUGCCCUUAUGGAGCUCCUAAAUUUCAUGUAUAGCAAUACAUUGACUUCAACUACAGCACCUGCUUUGUUGGAUGUGCUCAUGGCUGCUGACAAAUUUGAGGUUGCUUCGUGCAUGAGGUAUUGCAGCCGCCAAUUAUGUAAUUUGACAAUGACUCCAGAGUCUGCUUUGGUUUAUUUAGAGCUUCCUUCAAGUGUCCUAAUGGCUGAGGCAGUUAAGCCGUUAACUGAUGCAGCAAAACAAUUCCUUGCUGCCAAUUACAAAGAUGUCUCCAAGUAUCAAGAGGAGGUUAUGAACUUACCUCUUGCUGGAAUUGAAGCAGUUCUAUCCAGUGAUGACCUCCUAGUAGCGUCUGAGGAUGCAGUGUAUGACCUUGUGCUGAAGUGGACAAGGACCCAUUAUGCAAAGUUGGAAGAGCGACGUGAGAUUCUUAGUUCUCAUCUCGGUCGCUACAUCCGUUUUCCUCAGAUGAGCUGCCGAAAGCUUCGUAAGGUUCAGACUUGUAUUGAUUUUGAUCCUGAGUUUGUUUCCAAACAUGUAUUAGAGGCUCUUUUUUUCAAGGCGGAGUCCUCCCAUCGUCAGCGAAUCCAAGCUGCAGAUGAUUCUUCUUCUGGUAGUCACCGUUUUGUUGAGCGUGUGUACAAGUACCGGCCUAUCAAAGUGAUUGAGUUCGAGCAUCCACGGCAACAAUGUGUAGUGUACUUAGAUCUUAAGCGGGAAGAGUGCAGUAAUUUAUUUCCAUCUGGGAGAGUAUAUUCUCAAGCAUUUCACCUGGGAGGGCAAGGGUUUUUUCUGUCAGCACAUUGCAACAUGGAUCAACAGAACAUUUUCUACUGUUUUGGUCUGUUUCUGGGAAUGCAGGAAAAGGGGUUGGUGUCAUUCGCAGUGGACUAUGAGUUUGCAGCAAGAUCAAAACCAACGGAGGAAUUUGUUAGCAAAUACAAAGGAAAUUACACCUUCACUGGGGGAAAGGCAGUUGGUUAUCGCAAUUUAUUUGGCAUAGGAUGGACUUCUUUCAUGGCAGAUGACAGUCCCUACUUCAUCAAUGGCAUUCUCCAUCUUAGGGCGGAGCUUACAAUCAAGCACUAACAUUCCCUUGCUUCUGUUUUUUUGUUUUCAGAACUUGUUUUCCCAUGGCUUCGGCCUUUAGGUUAUGGAUGGCGACAACACUAACAGCUAUAGAUUAGAUUAGACAGAUUUUCGGACAUUGUUCAUGUUCUUCCUUUUGUCCUCUGGAUUCAAUUGGAUGUAAAUGUAAUUAAACACCGCGUAAAUGUCAUUGAUGAAUGUCGUUUUGAGAGUGGCCAAA